AUGCCCACAGUGAUAACGCCAUUGUCAGUUUGCUACUUUUUGAGCUUGUUGUUCGCCUACUAUCUUGGCAAGAAUUUUCCGGAUCCAUACUGCUUCAAAGCAUCUAUUGACAACAGACCGAUUCGGCUGAAAAAGAUAGAAGAGCUGACCGAUGCUGAGAUCAAAAAAGUUAGAGCCCAGCAGGCACCUUGUCAUUAUGGAAACUGUACAGCCAGGGAAUACAAGAGCAUCGAAUGGCCAGAUGUCGACGAUCAACAUCCGAUCAUCUGGGUGGGAGGAAUGCCUCGAUCUGGGACGACUUUGAUGCGUGCCAUUCUAGAUGUUCAUCCCGAUGUUCGCUGUGGCGAAGAAACUAGAGUCAUUCCGAGAGUGAUGAUGGUCCGGAAAAUGUUAAAAAGUUCUACUCAUAUGAAAGAAUCUGCAUUUUCGGAAAACGCACUUUCUACAGAAGGAGAAGCAGCAAUGAACGAAGGGGUAAAGCGAUUCAUUCUUGAAGUUAUCGAAAAACAUGGCCCUAUAUCAAGACGACUCUGCAACAAAGACCCAUUUGCCUUGAAAUUUAUGUCAGAGCUGACAGACUGGUACCCGAAUAGUAAAUUCAUCUAUAUGCUGCGGGAUGCUCGAUCAGUAGCACAUUCCAUUAUCACCCGAAAGGUUACAAUCACCGGCUACGACCUCACGAACUACACAGAUGUCAUUCACAGAUGGGACAUGGCACAUCAGCAGAUGUGGCAACAAUGUCAAGAUCUCGGACCAAAGUUCUGCAUGCCAGUUCAUUACGAACACUUGAUUCUGGAGAAGGAACAGGUUCUCAAGAAAAUUGUCGAGUUCCUUGGACUCAAAUGGUACGACGGGUUGAUUCACCACGAAGAGCAUAUUGGCUCAGACAUAAGCCUGUCGGCCUUAGAAAGAAGCACAGACCAAGUUGUCAAAGCGACGUAUACAACUGCACUGAGCAGUUGGGAAGGCGUCAUCCCAGAAAAGGACCUUGAAAAUGUGGAAAAAGUGGCGCCGCUGAUGAAAGUGUUUGGCUACAAACCCGAGGUUCAUGUUGGAAGCUACGACCACUUUAUAAGCAAAACGUCUGAAAUGCGCCACAUAGAUAUUCUCGCGAAUGAGAUCCGGAACUCAUACAAACCGGACAGCAAUUUUCCUUGUCUCUUUCCCUCCCCUCAAGAAAAAGCAGAAGGCGACGGUGGACGAAGAUUUAUUUCUACGAGCGAUUUCGUGUCAUUAUUGAGAUACGCGAAUGAGCGUGGAAUUCAAAUUGUUCCUGAGAUCGAUAUGCCUGCACAUAGCCGUGCCGCUGUUAAAUCUAUGGAAUAUCGCGCGCACAAAACGGGAGAUGAAAGGUAUCGACUCGAUGACCCGGACGAGACCUACGACACUUCAUCCUGGGGACGAACAUUUGAUGGAACUAUGUGUCCUUGCAGAGAGUCAACAUUUGCUUUCAUUGCGCAAGUUGUAAGUGAAAUGAAAAUGAUGUACCGACAAGCGGGCCUUUGGGACGACGAAAAUCCGCCGUUAUUUCAUAUUGGCGGUGACGAAACACCACCGACUUCGUGGAAACACUCGCCACUAUGUGAUGCGAUGGUGGAAUCAGGAGAAAUAAAUAGCCUUGACGAGCUUUUUCACUAUUUCAUCAAGAAAACUGUUGAUCUUGUCGAUUUUUAUGGUUUCAGAGUUGCUGCUUGGGAGGAGGCUUUCAUUGUCGAUGAAAAACCGGUUCCUAUGGAUCAAUGGGGAUCAUUGAAAUUUCCGUUGACAAUCAUGCCCUGGAAUAGCCGCUGGUACGAGCACAAUAUCAAAUAUCCAUACGAGUACGCCAACGCAGGAUAUCAAGUGAUCAUGUCUACAGCUGCGCACACUUAUUUUGAUCAUCCAGCCGAUCUUAGGAAACGAUUUCCAAAUGAAAAUGGAUUCUACUGGGCUUCGCGGUUCACAGAUCUUCUCAAAGUCUUCAGCUACAGACCAUUAAAUUUUUAUUCAAAUGCUGACUAUACAAACUUUGGGGAUGAAUAUCAACCUGGCGAAGUUUGCGACGAAAAUCCAAGUCACUGUCCUUCUCUUGAAAAGCCAGAAAAUAUUAUUGGCAUUCAAGGUCACUUAUGGUCUGAGACGAUGCGCAACCCAGAGAUGCUCCUUGGGCAGCUUUUUCCAAGAAUGAUGGCAAUCGCUGACCGAGCAAAAUAUUCAAGGAGAUGGGAGCUCAGCAACGAGACAGGUCUUCAGAUUUUGAAGAAUCGUGUCUUUUCUAAGAGAUUGUACGGCCUAGAAAUCGAUGCCAGGGGAAGAGUUGUGACAGAAUAUGCGACUGGCAAUAAAAACAGAUUCAUUGUCAGACUAUCUGGUCAUUGUCAGUUGCGAAACGGAGAGUACUAUCAAGUGAACAAUGUCACUGGAACAUGGAUAUCCGAUCAGCAUAUCAUGACUGGAAGAAAUGCUAUUUCGUCUUCAUAUACUGAGGCAGUUUGCGAUAAGAACAUUUUAGGAGAGGUUUAG